AUGUCUCGAUGGCGGAAUCUGCGUGGUAAAGAGAUUGCCGAAGUUGUCUCUUAUUUUGAUUGGAGCAGCGGAGGUAGAGGUGUACCGGCUAGGCUACCGGAGACGUUAUUUGCGAUGGAUCGCUACCCAUGCGAGAGAAUCAACAUGUACUCGACUAUAGAUUAUCUACUGUGCGUUAGAGACGCACUAAACGGCACCGAGGAGAUGGCGAUGUUGUUGAGGUCUUGCUUUGGAAGCCUUUUUAGGUUGCCGGUCAGGAGGUUGCUGAUGGGGAAAGUGAUAGACGGGAUGCUGACUAGGCAGGUGUUAACGAAGAAGAAAUAUGAGUUGUGGCCGGUUUUUGGUGGAAACCCCUUUAGAUUUUCUUUGGUGGAGUUUGGGGAGGUGACUGGGUUGCCCUGUGGCGAGUUCGAAGAGGGUUAUAGCAUCGACUACGAAUUGCUGGCAACGGAGGAGAACUACAUGUACUGGGAAAGGUUGAUUGGUCCUGACCGGGAUGUGACAAUCGAAGAGCUUGCAGCGAUGGUUGUAGGCGACACGGUGAUGUCGGCCUCGCGCAAGUUGAGGUUGUGUUUAAUAAUAAUUGUUGACGGUGUGCUAGUGCCUACAUCUCAAAAACAGAACCCGAGUCUGAAACAUGUGAAUCUUGUGAAGAAUCUCAAGAAGUUCCUUGCUUUUCAGUGGGGAAGGAAGUCGUUUUCGUGGGCAAUAAGGACGAUGAACCCAGUUCCAAAAGUGAUGGGUAAGUGCGAGGAUCCAAAUGGCAAUUUUUGUAAGAAGCCGAGGCAGAAGAAUAUUAGGAUUCUGGGUUUUCCGCUGGCGUUGCAGUUGGUGGCGUUUGAACUUAUUCCCCAGUUGCUCAAACAAGCACGCGGUGAUGAUAGCACUACAUUGCUUACUUUCCCGGGGCAGGUAUUGCCACAGCAUGCAGGGUUGACUGUGGUUGAUUUGCGCAAAGCAGAGCAUGAUGUGGGGUUGGUUGUGCAGCCAAUGAUGGAGAUCAGUGGUACGGAUGACGAGCGAUGGGCAGCCUGGGAUGAUGAAAAGUAUGACAAAAAAAAGGACAAUAUGCUUGGGAUGAUAAAAAGUGGGCAUGUGUUUAGCAAGGGUGAUUGGGGCAGCGGCGAUGGAGGGGAUCCAAUUUACAAGCACCGUGAGAAAGUGAAUGCUAAGAAGCAGAAGGCCACAGCGCACGUUGGAGUUACUGAAGAACCAGUUUUAAAGCAGAGACAUGUCAGUGGUUAUUUCAGACGUGGAGCUAUGGUGGAUGCAGAGCAGUAUAGGAGGAUGGAGGCGGAUGUCCAAGAACUGGUGUUAGAAGUUCAGCAGCUCAAAAACGUGGUGGAGAAACAAGGUAGGAAGUUCGAGAAAUGGAAGACCUUUGUUAAGGGGAAGAGUGCAAUAAAAAAACAAGGGAAUAUUAAGAGUAGGACCAAGAGAAGAACCGUAGAGGGAAGGAAAGGAACCGAACGACGUUCCCAAGACGAGGAGUCGGAGGACGACUGUGACACCCCCGAUCGUAGAUAA